ACGAUUUAAAAAGCCGAUUUGACAUUUUUUAUUAUUAUCUGUGUUCUUAGAGUGUUCUUUCAUCAAUAAAUUGACUUGGAUUUACUUAAAACUUACAAAAAUUUUGAUUUUCUCUUUUCCGAUUAUUGUUAUUCCUAAUUAGCUAUGUUCCAUGCAUAACUUAUAGGAGUGGAAAUGCAAGAGAGGUGAGGUUUUGAUGGGAUGAAAUGAUUUGGUGUUAAAAAAGGUGUAGGUCAUUGCAAGCAUGGGUUCAAUGCGUCCCACGGGACGAUUUCUCUUCUCGGCCAAUAUUCAGAGAACACAGAAACAGGCUGUUCCAAGUGGAUUCCCUCAAAGCCUCUCUGGCAGUGAGACAGAUGUGUCCACUUCCAACGAGAAUCUCUCCCGAGAAGAGAGAUAUGUUGUGCGCCAUACGGCCCGGGUGGAGCCUCAAGGACAGGAAAAUCAGACUCCAAGUAACACCAAUAAUAAUAAUAACAGGAAUUCUUUAAAGGACACUGUCCCAAGCAGCAACCGGAACUCUCUCAAAGACUCCAUUGGUGGCGGCAACAGCAACAGGAGUUCUCUGGAUGUCUCCUCUUCAUCCUACAACACACUUAUCAUACACAACCAGGAUGAUUCCUGGCCUCCACGACCUACACCUAUACGAGAACACGAACGAACAGGUAGUGAAGUGAAGCACACAAACACUCAGUCUUCACCGUAUCACACAUUAAAAAAGAAUGAAGUGGGCAAGAAACCUAGCGGUAUACCGUUACCGAAGGCGCAUAAAGAGCAGCCGGUGCCUACAACUGCUAAUUAUAUUGACAUUGGCGGUCAGAGGAUCUACACUAGUCCCCCAGACCAUGGAGUUCAGGAAAUUACCGAAAUUCCCGAUGACUUCCUUAACCAAUCGUCAGUUUUAAAACACCUUGCUAAAGAAGUGGCUCAGUCGCCGUCCCCUCGCGGCCGCACACCCCCUCCCUCGCCCCGGUCCUCUCAGCCCGAAAGGAAGAUCAAGGUAAAGGGCUCCAAGGCUAAACUCAGCAAAGAGAAGUUGAAUUUAUCAAGGUCACAACCGGAUUUGACGAGUGUGGGUGUGAGAGCAGUGCCCGGGGGGUCGGAGUCGAGCGGGUGGUGCAGCGGCGGGGAGGGCUCCGAGGAGCCGGACGACGCGUUCGCGGCCGUGCUGGACAGCCUCGCCGCGGAGAACCACCAGCUCAAGCGGCAGCUCGAGAACGCCUGCGAGACCGUCGCCAGGACCACCAAGCUGGAAGAGGAGGUGGAGAAGGUGCGGUCAGCUCACGAGGAACUGGUGCGGUCGUGCGAGCGGCGCGAGCGGCUGGAGCGCGCGGCGCGGCUGCGGCUGCAGGCGGACUGUCGCCGGCUGCAGGACCUCAACCGCGCGCUCAAGCACCAGGUGGAGCUGCUGUCGCAAGGCGUCCGCUCGGAGGCCGACCCGAGCUCGGAGGCGCUGCGGAAAGAACUGCAGAACAGGGAGAUGCUCAUCGCCCAGCUCAUUACACAGAACAAAGAACUGGCGUGCGCGAAAGAGAGGCAAGAAAUCGAGAUGGCCGCUCAACGCGCCACGCUACAAGAGCAACGCACACACAUCGACAUACUGGACACGGCGCUCACUAACGCGCAGGCCAACGUCGUCAGACUCGAAGAAGAGUGUCGUCACGCGGGCGGCUACGUGGAGCGCGUCAUGGGCCUCCAGCGGGCGCUGGCGGCGCUGCAGCAAGCCUCCGACCGCCGCGAGCACACCGAGCGGAAGCUGAGGGCGCAGCUUGAGAAGGAACUGCACACUCUCAGAAAACGCGAAUGCAACUGCGGCUCCCCGGGCAGCAGCACGCCCGGCGGCGAGCCCGAGCUGCGCCGCCAGCUACGCGAGCGCGACGAGCGGCUGCUGGCGCUCGAGGGCGAGUGCGCCAAGUGGGAGCAGCGCUUCCUGGAGGAGGCGGCGCUGCGCCAGGCCGCCGUCUCCGCCGCCAGCAUCCCCAAAGAUGCAAAGAUUGCAGCUCUCGAGAAAACUUCAGCGGAAUCCGAGAGACUAAUGGCGGAGGCUCGCAACGAGAAAAUACGGCAUAUGGAUGAACUACACUCCGCGCAGAAAAAGGCCGCUGAUCUGGAGGGCAGGGUAAAAGAGCUAGAGUCUAAGGUGGCGGAACGGGACGCCAUGAUCAAAGUUCUGCAGAAGCACACUAGCGCCGCCUACGACAGCGGGGCUUCACUGAGAAACAACUCGAGUCGGGAGGAGCUAGUGGGCCUGUCGUCGGGUGCUUCGUUCUCGUCGGCAGAGGGCGUGGGCGGCAGCGUGGCCAACCGCUACCGCCACCUCGCGCGCAGGAACUACUCGCCGCACAACGACAACUCCAGCGGUUGCGGAUUCGACAGUACCUCUCUUCGCCUGGAAUCAGAACUGGCCGCCCUGGAGUCGCGCCUGGAGCGGCCGCCCGUGCCCGCCCGCGGUCUAUGCUGUUUCCCUGGUCUGGGCACGGUAGGCGCCCGAGGCGGCGGGGGGCGCGGGGAGGAGGCGCUACUGCUGGAGCGUCAGGGCCGCGCCUCGCAACAAACUCGGUCGUCGAGUCUGCCGCCGCCGCCGUCGGCGCUGCCUCGGCCGCCGAGGAAACCCUCUGCGAGGAACACCAGAUACGAUCGGUUAGAACAUAGGGAUGCUCGAAAGAACUCCGACGGCUCAGGGUCCAUAGCGUCAACAGCUUCGCGUAGCUCACCGCUGCCUUACGACACGGUCCGGAAAUUGCCCUCCGUCCCUACCUCCGCGUCCCUUCCCGCGGCUGAAUCCCGGGAGUCUCUCGUGAGACCUCGGGAUUCUAGUCUACCUUCACCAUCAAAGCUGGCGGUCUACGCGGCAGCGAGGCGCCGAUCAGCCGAAUCUGCAAAGGACAGCAAGAGAACGCACCAUUAUAGAAUCCAGUUUUAGUAAGAUUAUUGGGCAUAGAUUAAUGGUGUAGUAUCUACCUACUAGUCACAACAACGUCAACCCGUGUAAAUUGUGUGUUAAAACUGUUUGUUUUGUUAAAUUUGUAAAAUCAUUGCGCAACUGGCCUUUUUUUGGCCGAAGUAACUGAAUUGGUAAUAAGACAACACUAAUAAAUAAUACAUAUUUACCUAUUCAAAACGAAAGUGGUUGUGAAAUCUGUUUUCGGCUGUUCGUAUACUUAACUUUAAUCGCUAUACAAAAAUUACUUGGAAAAUAAUACUAGGAUUUUAACAAUAUCUUGUACUAACCAUGCUACGCCUUUAAAAAUCUUUAAGAAUACAUAUGAUUGUAGGUACCUAUUGUUCAUUUUAUGUUAUUGGUAUAGAUCAUAACUUGGCUAUUUUGAUAUAUAGCUAUGCACUCGUAAGAAAAUCUAAUGGCUUUGCUAUCUUUCUGUACAAGUGUGUUGCCUUUGAGGGAAAGAUGAUUUUUAUUUUAUUUUAUUCCGUCCAUUUCAUUUUUCUUCUGAGUGAUAGGGAAUGAUAGGAUACAAAUAUUAAUACAAAUCUACAUAUUAAAUUAACAUAAUAAUUCAGAAAAUAAUAACAUUCAGAAAACACCAACACCUUCCUGCAGAUUCAGAUGCUCGUCUUUUUUUACGUAAGAACUGUAUUCGUUAUAUUUUUUUAGUACUAUUAGUAUUCACACGAUGACAUAUUAUGACAGAGAUUUGUAACACCUAAUUCAUCAUUUUAAUACCAAGGCAAUGUUUAAUUUUGCUUGUGAGUUAAACAAGCCAUUUUCAUAUUAUGUUUUAUUGUUUUUACAAGUAAUGAAGUAAGCGAUUUAUUGCACUGUGUUGCGAUUUAAAUGUGUUUGUGUGUCCAUCGAUGGUGUUCAUAGUGAAUGAAAAUUAUUUACACGAAAUAAUUCACGUGCUAGGUGCUAAGUUGUAUAGGAAAUAUGCAGAAAUUUUUGGUCAAUAUUUUGUAGGUACAUUAUCAGUUUUGUUUCAAAAUUAGAUUUUUGUAAAAGUUACAUAAAAACGU